UUUCUUGAUGCAAUUGUGGCUUAUGCAUAUUCGAACUUCAAUAUAUAAACACAUGAAGCUUUGGCCAAUAAUCUAAAAGAGUAAGUGAUUCAAGCUGAAUGUUGAACCUUUGGGCAAUAAGCAUUAACAUCCAUUUACAUUCUCAACCAAGAAGUUAUAUAUAAUAGUUUUUACAGUUUCGUAAAGCACAAUUUAUGGUCUUUUUCUUUGUGUGAUGACCGUAACACAUUGAUAAAAUCAUCUACCAAAGACCAAAUAGCUAGUUCCCAUGACCAUGGAGCUUGAUCACCAAUAUUAUGGUCGUUUGCUUCAAUCUUGUACAACCCGCAACUCCAUUCUCCUAGGAAAACAGCUCCACCUCUUUUUCCUCAAAAAGGGUAUCCUCGGUUCCACUCUUACAGUAGGAAAUCGCCUCCUCCAAAUGUAUGCGCGGUGCGGUACAAUGGCUGAGACUUGGAAACUGUUUGAUGAAAUGCCGCAGAGAAAUUGUUUUUCUUGGAAUACACUAAUUGAAGGGUACAUGAAAUCUGGAAAUAAAGAGAAGUCAUUGGAGUUGUUCCAGUUGAUGCCGCAUAAAAAUGAUUUCUCCUGGAACUUAGUCAUUUCCGGGUUUGCCAAAGCGGGCGAGUUAGAAGUUGCAGGGGCUUUGUUUGAUGACAUGCCUAAGAAAAAUGGGUUUGCUUGCUAUUCGAUGAUUCAUGGUUACGCUCGGAAUGGGGAAGCAAAAAAGGCUAUUGAGCUGUUUAAAGAAUCGGGAUCUUUGGGUGAUGCAUUUGUGUUGGCAACUGUUAUUGGGGCAUGCGUUGAUUUGGGAGCUAUAGAAUAUGGGAAGCAGAUUCAUGCACAUAUGGUGGUUGCGGGAAUAGAGCUUGAUCCAGUGUUGUGCAGUUCUCUGAUAAACUUAUAUGGGAAAUGUGGUGACUUGGAUGGUGCAAGUCGUGUUUUGAAUUUGAUGACAGAACCGGAUGAUUUUUCUUUGUCUGCAUUAAUUUCUGGUUAUGCAACCUGUGGCAGAAUGACUGAUGCAAGAAGAAUAUUUGAUAGAAAAAGUGAUCCAUCUGUUGUUUUAUGGAAUUCUUUGAUCUCAGGACAUGUUUUGAACAAUGAGGAAAUUAAAGCAUUAGCUCUUUUUAAUAAGAUGCGGGAAAAAGGGGUUCGGGAAGACUUUUCUUCGAUUGCAGUUAUUCUGAGGGCCUGCAGUAGUUUAUACAUUUUGGAACAUGUCAAACAGAUGCAUGGUCAUGCUCAUAAAGUUGGUGCGGUCUCUGAUGUUAUCGUAGCCAGCACUCUGAUUGAUUCUUACUCCAAGUUUGGAAAGCCUAAUGAUGCUUGCAAGUUGUUUAGUGAGCUUGAAGCCUAUGAUACAAUCUUGCUUAACUGUAUGAUCACUGUGUAUUCCAGCUGUGGAAGAAUUGAAGAUGCAAAGCAGAUUUUCAUGACAAUGCCAAAUAAAAGCCUGAUAUCAUGGAAUUCAAUGAUAGUAGGUCUGAGUCAAAAUGGUUGUCCAGUUGAGGCAUUAGAUCUAUUCUUCAAGAUGAAUAAAUUAAACCUGAGAAUCGACAAGUUUACUUUGGCUAGUGCCAUCAGUGCCUGUGCUAGCAUCUCCAGUAUUGAACUUGGUGAUCAAGUAUUUGCUAAAGCUACUCACAUUGGACUUGAAUCUGAUCAAAUAAUAUCUACCUCCCUUGUUGAUUUCUACUGCAAAUGUGGUUUAGUUGAAUAUGGGCGAAAAAUAUUUGACACAAUGACAAAAUCAGAUGAAAUCUCUUGGAAUUCCAUGCUGAUGGGUUAUGCUACUAAUGGUCAUGGGUUUGAAGCAUUGUUGUUGUUCAAUGAAAUGAUAAAUGCUGGUGUAGCGCCAACUGACGUAACAUUUAUAGCAGUCCUGUCUGCCUGUGAUCAUUGUGGACUUCUAGAGGAGGGACGAAAGUGGUUUAACUCAAUGAAAAGGGACUAUCAUUAUGAUCCGGGGAUAGAGCACUACUCUUGCAUGGUUGAUCUUUUUGCCCGUGUUGGUUGCCUUGAGGAAGCAAUGGAUCUCAUAGGGGAAAUGCCUUUUAAGGCGGAUGCAAGUUUGUGGUUAUCUGUUUUGAGAGGCUGUGUUGCGCAUGGAGACAAAACUCUUGGAAAGGAGGUGGCAGAGCGGAUUAUCGAGCUCGAUCCUGGAAACUCCAGUGCUUACGUACAGUUAUCAAGCUUAUUUGCAACCUCUGGUGAAUGGGAAACGUCAGCUAUUGUUAGAAAGAUAAUGAGAGAAAAGCAAAUUCAGAAGAAUCCUGGUUUCAGUUGGGCUGACAGUUGAACAAGCACCUUCGUAGUGGCAACUGGCAAAGGUUGUGUCGGGCUAGCUUCUUAUACUUGCUUCACUCAUCAAGUUCCAGGGAGAGAUAAAAGGUUUUUCUGUGACAUUGUACUUGACUUGCUUGUAGAAUGCUGCAUCCCUCGUCCAGAUAAUCUCUAGUCCUCCAUGAUAUACAAUUGGAUUAAAGAAAGCUCUUUUUGGGAAUCCAUUUUUCCUCUAAGUGAAGAUAAAAAAAGAAAGUAAUGAAGAUAUCUGAGUGUUAACUUCACAGAUGCAGAUUUUAACAUGAUUUGUCACCAAUGGUGCCUGUUAGAAUAGAGUUUCAGAGGUUAGUUCCCUUCAUCUCUGCCUGGAUGACCAAACUAAAACUCUUGGUUCAUUUUGUUCCAGAACAGAGAUUGGGCCAAGCUACUAGUUUGGACUGAAUUGGCUGUCCUGCAGCAAGGUGGCUACAAACCCUAAUCUACCUCUAUAGAAGUUGAGAUUUAGUCCUUAUACUUUAAAAGUUAAAAAUUCAAUUCUCCUACUUUUUCAAUUUAAAAAUUCUAGUCCAAUCAUUAUUACGGUUGGUAGUUUCUGUUAAAAUUUGUCAACUUAAAAUGUUUAUUUUCCAUUAAUCAUAAGAUAAGUCACACAAGAGCAGCUUAAUCAACAUCUCAAAUUGACAAAUUUUGAUAAAAAUGCUUACUAAUUUAAUAAUUGGACAUA